CGCAUGCCUCUGGCAGAAAGGCUCAGCAAAAACCAUGCAGUGGACUGUGCUGCCUACCCUUAGGCUGCAAGGCACAGCCCUGGAAACAGGAGGAUUAAAAAGCCUCUCAAUUUAAAGAGACAAGGGGGAGGGGAGUGUGGGCUGCACAGUUUAUAAAUAGACAUUGCUCCAGGCUGCCUGAUGAUGAAGUCGUUGUUUGUUUCAGGGGCAGGCCUUUAAUAUUGUGAGUCACAUUUCCAUGGAGCACAGAGAUGAUGAUGAUGAUGAUGUGUCUUUUGCCAAAUGGAUGAGCAGCUUUUGGGGUCACAACUGGAAAGACAAGGAUGAGCGAGGACUCCGGGACCACCACCGACCACAAGAAGCAAGCUACAGGAAGGCUUCUCUGCCCUGCCCAUUUCCUGCGUUUCCCAGCGUUACAUCACCUGACUGCCACCCUAGACGGCAUUCACAUGAGGACCAGAGAUCCCAAAGCCACUUUCCCAUGCGGUAUCACAGAAAAUGCUCGGCGGAUGGGCCUUUCAAGGAGCCAAUGGAACCACCAAGAGGCGCUCAUUCCAAAAUGCAGGAAUUUUCAGAAUCCUUUGAGCAACACCUGUGCCUUCGAAGCAAGCACUCUCCCUCUGCGGGACCCAAAGGGAGGAAGGAGAGAAACGAAAGACAUUGUCCAGAGACUGACAUGAGAUCCUACAAGAGAUUGGAAGACAGAAGGAGCUCAAUGAAGGAAGCACACGGAGAUGCCCCCAUGGCUUCCCUGUUUGAAAAGGGGCCAGAAUAACGCUUUGUUUCGACAUCAGCAUCGCUGUGACAGGUGUCACUGGUUGUUCUGAGACUCAGUUCUUCCUGCAGAAUGGCAGCUGGGGAGGGUGUCUGCAGAUGUUGACACAGUGGGCAGCUGGAGUGGCUGCUUGUCACUAUGAUUUGUGCUACUUGAGUGUGCAAUCUGCUUUUUAUGUCCUUUCAUGGUAAUAAAA